AUAAACUGAAAAAAACUUUUUGUCCUUCUGAGGAGUACACAAUAACAAAGAAGCGACCUUUGGAGGGGGAUCUUGUUGUAAAAAUGGACAGUGAGGACUGCAAGAUAAAAUAUGGAAAGGAUCUGUUUUUCCUUGCACCCUUCUACCACAGAGAAUACCCUGCAGGCCUUCACCAUCUUAUAGUUCUAGAUAUAGAUCUACAUUUUAUGAUUGAUCUACAUGAGUUAAAUCAGCAGUUUGAUCUGAUGACGGAGAAGGAGGUGUUUGGUAUAGCAGGAGAAUUCAAGAUUUGGUUUUAUAAGUUUUUAACAACAGAAUUCAGAGAUAAUGAACCAAAGACAACCAUUGCUAGCCCUGGUAGAAAACAGUGUCAGUUGAAUGUUUUGAGCUGGCAGUAUCCUGAAUAUUUUUAUCAACUCCCGUGUCAGUUUAAUGUACAACAUGAUCAGUUCUCAUCGGAGGAGAUAGAACAAUUUGAAGAUGAAGAGUUUUAUGAAGAUUUUGAGAACGAUCUUAUUGAUCAAGUGCUGGGAAGGAAUCCCCAAGACAAGAGAUAUCAAUAUUGUAAACAACUAACGAAAAUUUGCCAUAGAAAUUAUUGAAAUGUAGAUAUUUAAUAUUUUUAAAAACGAGUUUUCUAUUUUCAUAAAAUUUUAAUGCGGAUUUUUUUACGUUGAGACACAGAAAUAUAUAUGUGAGCCAUGAAGAAGACUU